ACCAUCCAUUUGUAUUGAUGACCACCUGCUCGACUCGGUCAAUCAUGCUUUUUGCCAGUUUUUUCUUUUUUUUUGCUCUGUUUCCUCUUCAUUGGUGUAUGUAUGUUCCUGUACAGAACGUGCUUCUGCCAUUUAGCACGCAAGUCAGGGAACGCUUGCUCUACACAGAUAACAGAAAGUAUGGGCUGUUCCUUGAAAUGAAACCUGACGGCUCCGUUAGAGGGUCUCAAGUAGAGAAGCGCAACUGUGUGCUGAACCUGCGCUCAGUGAAAGCCGGGGAGACGGUCAUCCAGAGUGCGGCUACAUCUCUCUUCCUCUGCGUGGAUGAUAGAGACAACUUGAAAGGACAGCCCCAUUACACUGAAGGAGACUGCACCUUUCAGGAGCUGCUGCUGCCAGAUGGAUAUUCUUAUUUCCUUUCUCCACACACUAAGAAUCCCGUGUCGCUCCUCUCAAAGCAGUCUGGGCAGAAACACGAUGCCCCACUUCAUCGGUUCCUCCCUGUUAUGAAUACUCAGUUGGCAAUGGCGGGGAAAGGAGAGGACAGCCAGAUAGAGGAGGUUAAACAGUACAUUAAGGACAUAAACCUGGACUCUGACGACCCGCUAGGAAUAGGACAUCAGUCACACAUUCAGACUGUCUUCAGUCCCAGUCUGCACACUAGGAAAUGAGGACUUGACAACAUCAGUUAUGGAGGCAUGCUUUACAUUAUCACUGGAGCAAUGUUUAAAAUGCUUUGUUACUGUAUUUUUUCUUUGCCCAAAACUGUAUUUAUUAGAACUUAUUUAUUUAUUUGCUAUGGUCUAAAAUUAUUUAAAUUAAUUUAAGUAACUUAAAUAUUAAGUUAAAACUUAAAUAUUAUUAUAAGUUAACUUAUAAAUAUUAUACAAUUGUGCAUUUAAAUAUUUAAAUUCAGCUGGAGAAGAUUCCAUCUGCAGUUUGUUUGUUCCUUGUGUAAUACACCGAGUCAUUUCAGUAUGAUUUUUGUGUCAUUAAAAAUUUUAAUAAAUAGUAUACAAACAUGGCUCAGCGUUACACAAUUCAACAGCACACACACAUUAUAAAUUACUGUACAUAUUUUCCUAAAAAGCCUUUGAAUACACAAGCAUUUCAACAAUGUCAGAACAACAGUAACACAAAACUGUUCCAGAUGAAUGAUGCUUAAGACUUUAUCCAUUCAUCGGGACACACAAAUCCCUGGCACAUUCAUGGCUGCAACACGGGUGACAAAAUACAUGACAUUUAAAUGACACCUCAUGACGCUUCUUCCUAUGAAUAAGUCCGAUAAUAUAUAUGUCAACAGUUCCAGAAAGAUCUUUAAAGCAAAGGUGCAAGCGCUUUUAUUGCACAACACAGCUCAGCUCAUCCUCAGCUAUUUUUUCAAACGCAUUGAGAUGCCACUCUCUGAAUAGAUAAAAAUAGUUUCUCAUUCAUUGAUUUAAAGUUCAGUGUAAAGGUUGUGAUGUCAAAAAAGUUUG